AUGUCUGUGAUUGGACUUUCUUUUGAUCGCGUUUUAGGCGACGAAACGCUCCGAUUUCUCGAAUCGCUUUUGGUUUCCAAGGACGUGAAAUCGUUUAUCGAAGUUCGAUCCAGCUUGACGCAACUCCUCAGAUCUGAAUCUCUCCGCGUUAUUCACUCGAUCGCAUCGAAAACCGUCCACGAGAAGCUUCUCGUUCUCGAAUUCUUCGUCCGCGCUUUCGCUCUCGUCGGAGAUCUAGAGAGUUGUUUGGCCUUGAGAUACGAGGCUUUGCUUAUGAGGGAACUCAAAUCCGCUAGUUGUAAAUGGCUACAAGUUUCACCAGUGGAAUGGUUGAACUUUGUGGAGGACGCAGUGCACAACGGUUCUCACGCUGUUGCUAAAAAGGCAUGUGAAAAUGCAUUAUCUUGCUUUGGAAAUGAUGAUGUUCUAAAGCCUGGAAGAGACGUAGUUUCUGAAAAUUUGAAGGCUAUUACCAGAGAGAUUACAAGGAUCAGGAACUGUGCAAUGACAUCAGUUGCUCCAGGAUCUGUUCAGGUGCAAGCAGCAAAGUACCUAAAAAGGAAAACAACAGAGCGGCAAAAGUCGGACUUCCUCUACAAAGAAGAAUGUUGUCUAGCAACCAUUUCGUUUAGAAAUGGGAUUAAGAAACAGAAUAUGCGAAAGUUAUAUGAACAUCAAAGCCACCUGCAGAUCAAUAAUGAUCAAUUAUAUGGACGGCAUCCAAAUUUGAGGUUAAAAUGA